AUGGGCGUCCAUGCUGUUAGCGUCAUGCUAGAGGCUCUCAAUAGAGAUGCCCAACGUGCUACUAUCGCCAAGUUCAUUCAAAAUGAACUUGACGCUGAACGCGAGAAAGUAGCCUUGCUUCACCAACAAGGUUCUCAACAAGCAGAGUUGUUAAGAGAACAGGGUGCUCAACAGUUUGAACUGUUGAGACAUCAGCAGGCUGCUGCUGGUGGGUCGAUGCACUCGCGUCGACCCGAGACUUUGAAGAUUGACAUCUCCAAGUAUAAGGAGUCGAAGAGGACUCCCUCUUGA